AUGCUCGCCGCGCUGGCGCAGUUUGGCUCGAACUUUGAGCCGGCGCCGGCGGCGGCCGCGGAGCCGUCCGGUGGUGGUGGCGGCGGCGGCGGCGGCGGCGCGCAUGACAGCGUGGACGCCGCUGGGGCGGGCGCCAAGCCGGCUGCGCCGCCUGCAGGGGCAAAGCGACAGCCGGCCGGCGCCGCGCAGCAGCAGCAGCAGCAUCAGCAGCAGCAGCAUCAGCAGCAGCAGCAGCAGCAGCAGCAGCAUCAGCAGCACGGGGCGCAGCGGCAAGGGCUCCAGACCGAGGCCGCGGCGCUGCAGUUGGGAGGCUCGGCGCUGAUGCCGUCAAUGUUCAAUGAUGUGAUAGCCAGAUUCAGCCCCCGCCGCGCCAGUGCGCUCGCGGCGGCGGCGGCGGCGGCCGCGAGCGCGGCGGGCCCUCAGAGCGGGGGCAGCGGCGGCGGCGCGGCGCAGCAGGGCGCGGGGCGGGUGACGAUGGCGCAGCGGCUGCAGGGCGCGGCGGGCGGGGUGGAGCAGGAGCAGGAGGACGCGCAGGAGUUUCUGCAGCACAUCGUUGACCGCGCUCAUGAAGAGCUCGUUGCGCUGGCAGCGGCGGCAGGGCAGCAGCAGCAACCCCAGGUGCCCUCGGACGGGGACGACGGCGGAGACGGGAAGCAGCAGCAGGGGCGCGGCGGCGAGGAGGAGGAAGAGGAGUGGAGCCAGGUGGUGGGCCGCCGCAACAAGGCCGGCACUGUGCGCGGGCGCGAGGACCUGGGCGGCAGCAGCGUCGUGGCGGCGGCCUUCAGGGGCAGCUUCAAGUCGACCGUGCGGGCGCGCACGCCAGGCGCCAGCAAGCCGAGCAUCACGCUGCAGCCGUUCUACAUGCUGCACCUAGACAUCCAGCAGCCGGGCGUGCGCAGCGUGGAGGACGCCCUCGACGUGCUCACGCUCUCGGAGCACCUCAGCGAUUACAAGGUCAAGGGCUCCUCUGUGCCAGCAGAGGCCGAGAAGGUGACCCGGCUGCACAAGCUCCCGCAGAUGCUGAUGCUCCACAUCAACCGCUUCGCGUACGACGCCGAGCGCGGCAACACCGUCAAGCUGCACCAGCACAUCGCCUUCCCGUCGCAGCUGCGGCUGCGGCCGGGGUGGCUGUCGGAGGACUGCCCCGACAGGCGGGGCGCGGCGCAGGGGUACCGGCUGGUGGCGAGCAUCAUCCACCACGGCCGCAACUCGUCGAGUGAGUGCUGGCGCCUGGUGACGUUUGCCUGGGGCCUGUUUGACACAACCCAGAUCGCCGCCGCGGCAAUCGUUACCUCGGCGCCUUUGCACAUACGCGUGGCGCCGCCGGCUCCAGAUGCCGCCGACAUCAAAAGCGGCCACUACUCUGCCCAUGUGCAGCAGCCCGACGGGCGGUGGCUUCACUUCAAUGACGCCAACGUCUCGCCGGUGAACCUGCACCAGGUGCUGUCAGAGAAGACCUACGUCCUCGUCUACCAGAAGAUCUGA